CAGGUUCAAUUCUGAUCGGAGAGAAACUCGAACUGGUCGAAUUGACGGCAUUCUGAAAUUCUGAAACUGUCAUUACACGUCGCCGGUCGUCGGGCAGAGCACAUGCAUGCGCUGGAUCCGCCGAGGGAUGAAAGUUUUGGUGUGCUGGCCUCGGAAGAGCCGAUUGUCCGCACACGGUCGGUGCCAUUCGAGCUCGCGAUCCCCGACGCCACGAGGGAAUGGGGUUGCUAGGUUUGGUGAGCAGUGAUCGAUCGAUCGGGCGAGCGAUGGACUGAGAGCGCGGUGCGAUGGAUUCUUGCUCGCGGGUCGUGGUCCCUCGCGCGAUGGGCUGGACUUGUGUGCAGCGGCGGAGAGAAUGUGGGGCUCGAGAGUGGGGCUCGUCCAGGGUUGUGGUGGCCAGGAUGUGAAUUGCCCGAUUCGAGGAGUGGUCGAUCGGAUCUGACCCGCGACGUCAUCAGCCGGUUGGAUUAGGAGUGGUGGCAGCAGAAUCAGACCAGCGAGAUGGCCGCCACAAUGAUCGAGUCUUUCUUCCAACGGAGUUUGGAAGAUAUGGUGAAGGGGCUGCGCACGCAGAUGAUCGGCGAGGCGAAGUAUCUGUCGAAGGCGCUCGAUGAGGUGAAGAAGGAGAUCAAGUCGACCGACCCCAAUACGAAGGCCGUGGCCCUGCAGAAGCUGACAUACCUCCACAUGCUCCACGGUGCGGACAUGAGCUGGGCCGCUUUCCACGUCGUCGAGAUUUCAGCGGAAAGAAUGAGUAUGAGACGGGCUUGGCCAUCGAGGCUCUCAGUCGGAUCGCUACCCCAGACCUUGCUCGGGAACUGACACCUGAUCUUUUCAUUUUACUCGCCAGCGGUCGUCCGUUCGUGAGGAAGAAGGCCACUGUUGCCUUACUCCGUGUUUUCAACGAGUAUCCGGAUGCGAUCAGAGUAGCAUUCAAGCGACUGGUGGAAAAAAUGGGGGAUACAGAUCCUGCAGUAGUCAGUGCAGCUGUCAGUGUGCUGUGCGAAUUGACUUUGAAAGAUCCUAAACCUUAUCUGCCUCUUGCCCCUGAAUUUUAUAAACUUUUAGUUGGGUCUCCCAGCAAUUGGCUCUCCAUCAAGCUGGUGAAGAUUUUUGGGGCGCUGGCUCCGUUGGAGCCUCGCCUUGGCAGGAAAAUUGCUGAGCCCCUUUGUGAGCUCAUGAGGAAGACUGGGACCAAGACAGGUGCAAGGUCGCUGUUAUUGGAAUGCAUCCAGACGGUCACCUUGGGCUUGUCGGAACAUCAGGUUGCUGUCAGACUAUGCGUCGAGAAGCUCAACGAGCUUAUGAGAGAAGAAGAUCGAAAUUUGAAGUACCUGGGACUGCGCGCUCUUGCAAACUUGAUGGCUGUGCACCCUUGGGCUGUUGCGGAAAACAAAGACGUAAUUACCAAGUGCCUUAGUCAUGAAGAUCCCAGUAUUCAGAAAGGUGCCUUGCGCCUCAUCAUGGGCAUGGUGUCGGAUGAUAACGUGAUUGAAACAGUUCAGGUCCUUUUGCAGUACGCACAUAGUACAGAUUCUGCCUUUUGUAACGAGCUUGUGUCGGUUAUUCUCGCCACCUGCAGUAAAGAUCAGUAUGACUUAAUAUCUGAUUUCUCAUGGUACGUGUCUGCUCUCGCGGGGAUGGCACGAGUUCCGCAAUGUGCACAUGGGGAAGAGAUUGGACGACAACUGAUUGAUAUUGGAUUCAGAGUGAAAUCAGUUACUACAGAUGUGCUGAAGGCAGCACGUGAGUUAGUCGUGGAUCCAGCUCUUUUAGGCCGUCCUUCGCUUCAUGGAGUACUCUCUGCUGCUGCCUGGAUUGUUGGGGAAUAUGUGGCUUUCUCGCACAAUCCGUUGGAGCUUAUUGAGGGACUUCUUCAACCACGAACAAAACUCUUGCCAGCCUCUGUGCGCGCCGUUUAUGUACAGGCGGUGUUCAAAGUCUUCGUAUAUUCUACAGCAAAAUAUGCUUAUUUGGAUGUUGCAACUGCCAGGAUGACUGAUGGGGAUGAGCAUCUGGGAGUUUUGUCAAAAAAACAGUCAACUGCCCAAGGAGAAGUUUUGAAUGAUAUUGGAUUCAGCUCUAGGGUGUCGCUUGAUCACACCCAGGACCAUCACAUUGACUCUGGUGGCCGUAAAUCCGAUCCAGAAGCAGGACAGAGCAGUCGGAUCAUUGUAGACAGUGCAGAAACGAAGGAUUGCUCUCGGGAGCUUAGACCAGGUGUGAAUGGGCUUUUGGAAGCUAUGGUGGAACUUAUUGCUGAAAAUGUUACCCCGCUGGUUAAUAGUGUCGAUGUCGAAGUGCAGGAAAGAGCUUGUAAUCUCAUGGGAUUACUACAAUUUUUUAGGGAUAUUCCUGGAUUUCCAUCAUCAGAAUUCCGAGGAUCCGCACAAGUGUGGGAAAUCAAGGAGAUGCUGGAUGCGCUGCAAGCAGUCUUCGCGGUGGAACUGGGCCCCGUAUCGAUUCAUGCGCAAGGCAGGGUUUCCGUCCCGGGGGACCUAACUGUCGAAAAUUUGGACGGUUUGGGCUCCUUGCACACUGAGGAAGUACUGGAAGGCUCAAGUGAAAGAGAAGGAUAUCGACAGUGGGAAGAAGGAACCCUUUUCUCACCCCACAGCAAAGGGGUUGAGAAAUCGCAAGUGGGUGAGAGUGCAGCUCUUUUGGCACAACAUCGACAACGCCAUGAGAACUUUUAUUUGCUCAGUGAUGAGAAGCCAGUAUUAAGUUCUCUGGAUUAUCCCCCUCCUCGCAUCGCAAGCAUAGAUUCUACAGGUUUUCCUUCCAUAAGUUCUACAGAGGUGUUUCCUGUAGCGGAGCACUCUUUAGCCUCGGCGAAGCCUCGUCGGUCCAAGGCUCGACCUGUCGUUGUGAAGUUAGAUGAUGAGGAAGAGCAAGUCGAGUCAUUCUCCAAGUUGAAGAUGAGGGAUCUGAAGGAUGACUUCAUCUCAAGUGCGAUACGGGAUGUACUUGCAGGCGAGCCUCGGUCUGGCAGCAAAUAUCAUACUCCUGCACAAGACUUCGAAAGGAAAGACUCUGUACGAGUUCGGCAUCAACGCUCAAGAACGAGUCGUACAUCGAGGCAUUCAGAACGUGAAACAAAUAAGGAUCAGGCAUCGCCAGGAACGAGAAACGAGUCAGGUGUGGAGAAUGCUUAUCAGUCCAGUGAAAAUGAAGGCAAACCUUCAACUUCGGGGAAAAAAUCAGAGCACAGCAAGUCCUCAAGCAAAGUUCGGCAUUCAAAGCAUGGAAGAAAAGCGAGGUCAAGCAAUGAAGAUGAAGAUGAUCAUCCUUUAGCGCGAAAGUCACCUGUCAAGCCCCGCGUAAAAUCGAAGAGUCGACGAAAUGGACGACAUAGAGCAACGAGCCCCAGUCCGAAAGUCGAUAACGCACUUCCUGUACCUGACUUUCUACUCUAAUUGUGGAUUUGAUACACCUCAAACAUUCGGCAGCACGAGUUAUUUGUGCUCAUAUAUAUAUAUAUAUUAUGUCUUCCUCGAAUGUGUGUCCUCACCAGGUUGCAGGCAUCAGGUUAUCUCAACUGCCGAGGAUACGUCAUUUGAAGUGGAAGCUGCUAAUAAGUAUUGGUGUUUGCUAUCAGAAAUCCUUGAGAUCUGUCAGAGGUGGACUGCAAUAUCCACUCUGUGGCUUGAAGUAGCUGCUCCAAGCAUUGGGAUGCACAAAUGGCUUGCUUUUCUUUACAAGGCAAGUGAUAUGUGAUGGACAUGUCCACGUUGUUGGCAUGUGUUCCUUCGCAGAGGGAAAGCAUUUAGUUCUGCUCUGAACAAUCAAGAACUUGAAUGUAGUAGCACCGACUUUGUGCCGUCUUGUUGUAAGCUACUCUGUCUUGAUCCAUCAUGAUUUGUAGCCAAAUUGGAUUUCUUAGAAUACUUGUGGCUCCAGUAAUGAAUGCAUUCGGCUUUAUCAACAUGGGCAAGAUUUGCCUUCUCUCGAGUACUUCCGCUUUGAUCGGAUGCUACUCGAGAGUGUAGUCACCGUGAUAUUUAGUUACAUCCGUCUUCCAUUUGUGUAGGAACUCAUCUUAUCUGAGUAGUUUAAGCACUUCUGCUUGGCUCUAGGAGUAGGCAGCUGAGCCAACUUGAACUAGAGGUGUCCCCAGUUCUGGAACUUCUUAUGAGAUUUGUACAUUUUACUGUUUGACUUAUUCAUUGCCCACAAAGCUUUCCAAUGUAUCUUCUGAUUCAGAUGAAAGCGUUUGUGAAAAUGGAUUGUCUGCCCAAUUUUUAUGCUAAUUUUCCAGGCAAAGUGUACCCGGAUUUUGUUAAGUGCUCGGAAGAAACGCAGAAAUCCGAUGUUGCCGGUUACAGUUGUGUACCACCAUAUAGUCGCAUGUCAAUAUCUCAACUAAAUUCAGCAUUACUUUUGUCGGAG